AUGACAUCUGCUACUGCCGGGCCUUUGCAGGGGAAGCUCGCCGUGGUGACGGGCGCAUUUAGAGGAAUCGGCGCAGCCAUCACGCGACACCUCGCAGCCAAGGGCGCCAACGUGAUCGGUCUGUACACGUCGGACUCGUCGACCCCGGCCGCAGAAGCAGCCGUCAAAGACUUGUCGUCCAAAUAUGGGGUCAAGAUCGUGCCGGUCAAGGCCGAUCUCAUGAAGCCGGAAGAGGCGGGCCAGGCGCUGGUCGAGGCGGCCAAGGCCAACUUCGGCGGCAACGUGGUCAUAAACAUCCUCGUGAACAACGCCGGCGUCGGGGGGGACUACCCUCUGGGCGAAGUACCCAUUCCCGAGUUCCACCGCAUGUACGCCGUCAACGUCCUGGCCCCCCUCGUCAUCACCCAGACCCUCCUGCCCUUCCUGCCCCACGAUCGGUCGGGACGCAUCGUCAACAUAUCGUCCGUCGCCUCGACCAUGGGCUUCAAGACCCACACCCUGUACGGCGGCACCAAGGCCGCGCUCGAGGCCAUGACCCGGACCUGGGCACGCGAGCUGGCCGAGCGGGCUACCGUCAACGCCGUCAACCCAGGCCCUGUCGAGGGCGACAUGUACUUUGCGGCCGGCCGGGACUUCUGGAAGCAGCUCGACCCCUUCCAGCAGACGACCCCGCUGUCGGCCGUGCGUGAGGGUGUCGACAGCCCCGAGCUGGUCAAGAUAUGCAACGAGAAUAUGUGGGGCCGCCGUCCUGCGUACUGGAGCGAGGUGGCCGCCAUUGUCGGCAUGAUAUGCGGCGAGGAUUCGGCAUGGUGUACCGGCAGCAUCGUCAACGCCAACGGUGGCCUCAGAUUUACUUUGUGA